AUGGAGGAGUUACAAUUAAAUAUUUCAGUUUCCAAGAAGAGUAACAAAAAGUUGGAAGCGCCGAAGAAAGAUGCCCCAGAAUACAAGUUUUUAACGAAACCUAAAUUUACUGGUACGACGAUAGCCAGGAAGAGACCUCAAUGUUUAUCUCAGAAGGGAAUAACCCUUGGAAACAACGACGGAGAUCCUCCGAAAAAAGUGUCAAAACAAGUUGCUUCACCGCAAACAAAGAAGGGUGAUUUGGCUUCAAAUUUGCGUGAUUUAAGUGAGAAUAAGGGCAAGUUUCAAGGUAAAAAUUAUCAGGACCUUUCUGACGAUAUAAAAAUAAAGCAAAAACCACGAAGCAGUGGCUGGAUUUCAUCGUUAUUCAAGAACAACCCUGAUGUUCCUCGCAUGGGCCAGAGAGCAGUAAAACCAAUUGUAGAAAAAGUGUUUUCUGGCACAACAUUUGCUGAUUUAGAUAUUCAUCCACAUUGUGUAGCUAGUUUACAACAGACCUUGAAUAUAAAGGAUCUUAUGACUGUUCAGCAAAAUGCUAUACCUGUUAUUUUACAAGGCCGUGAUGUGCUGAUCAGGUCUCAAACAGGCUCAGGAAAAACACUAGCCUAUGCUUUACCCGUCAUAGAAGGUCUGCAAGCAAUAAGGCCUAAGAUCAGUAGGCAUGAUGGGAUCCGAGCUGUUGUAGUAGUGCCUACUAGAGAACUGGCCGUUCAGACAUAUGAGCUCUUUGUAAAACUAGUUAAGCCAUUCACGUGGGUUGUGCCUGGUCUAUUAAGUGGAGGUCAGAAGAGAAAAGCAGAGAAAGCAAGAUUGAGAAAAGGUCUUAGCGUUUUAGUUGGUACGCCAGGCAGAAUUAAUGACCAUUUGAGACACACUAAAUCUUUGAACUUUGCUAAGACUGGAUGUUUAGUACUGGAUGAAGCUGAUCGUCUACUAGACAUGGGCUACGAAAAAGAUGUAGCAGCUAUUGUCAAAGCUAUUGAAGAUCACAAAAAAGCAGCAACUUAUGAUCCGAUAGCUCUUAUGAAACAGAAUGUAAAAAAGAAAAUAGCUAGUGAUGACGAGGUUGAGGAAUCUGACCAAAAAGUGACUGAGGAAAUAACGCAUGUGAAACAUGCAAUAACAGAAGUAAUGCUUUCCAAAAGACGUCAAACUAUUUUGCUGUCUGCAACAUUGACUAAAGCAGUUGAAAAUUUAGCCGGGAUCACUAUGGUGGAUCCUGUAUUCAUAGAUACGUCAGAAGGCAGAGCAGUUGUAGCUGAUUCGUUAAAACCUCAAGUUCAAAAGGAAUUCGAAAAAGUCGGAAAGGAAGAACCAGUGAAUGAGGAAAAGGGAAAAAAUAAAAAUAAAUCCAAAGCUAAAAUAAAUACUGAGGAAGUUGAUGAUGAAAGUAACAGUUCUGAUUUUCAAGAAGACAGACGGGUAGAAGUCAAGAAAGGAUUAACAGCGUUUAGUGGAAUAAAACACUCAGACUUAUUUAAAAACGACGACGAUGAUGAUGACAACGUUGUGGCAACUAGUUCAAAAGUAGAUGAUGUCAAAAGCACUAGAGAAGAAAGCGACAGUGACUCUGAUUACGAAUACUUCAAAGUACAAAAAGAACUAGAAGUCAAGAAACCCGCUGCCAUGGAAAGUGAUGACGAAACAGAACCAUCAUAUGUGGCUAAUACGUUUGCAGAUGCUCUCAAAACAGCUAUAGUUGAAGAUGAAUUAGUUUUGCCAGCAACAGUAAAUCAGACAUUCCUUAUAGUGCCAAUGAAACUGAGAUUAGUUACACUUUGUUCUUUGAUCGUCGAACAUUGUGUGUUGAAUAAAAAAGGUGGCAAGAUGAUAAUAUUCAUGGCGACUCUAGAAAUGGUGGAAUACCAUUCGGACUUGAUAGAAACAGUACUAACAAAAAAGGACGUAAAAGUGAAGAAGAAAGAUAAGAGGAAAGAAAGGAUAUCAAAAGCUAAGAGGAGAAAAACAGAUGGUAUCGACAGUGAAGAGAACGAAUCUUCGGAAGACUCUGAGUUUGAAAUAGACUACGAAGGUCCAACUGAGGGCGGCCUAGUGCCCGUCGCUUUUGAGGCUUACAGUCUGCACGGAUCCAUGCCCCAUGAACAGCGGAUGGAGGUGUUUCGGCAGUUUCGGAAGGCUAAGAACGGUGUGCUCAUCUGUACUGACGUGGCAGCAAGAGGGUUGGAUAUACCACGUGUCGACAUGGUUCUGCAGUACUGUGCUCCUGCAUCUGCCACUGAUUAUGUCCACAGGGUAGGUCGUACAGGGCGCGCCACGCAAGUAGGCGCAGCGAUGAUGUUCUUGCUACCGAGCGAAGCAGAGUUCGUGAGAUAUCUCGAACAAAAGCGAAUUAGACUACGUCAAGCAAACGAAAAGCAAGCUCUGGAAGCGUUGCGAACAGUGGCGCCAGCGGCUGCGAAUCCAGCCAGAGCUGCCAUUGCAGUACAGACACGGUUAGAACAGGUUGCACACAGUAACCGAGAGUGGCUAGCGAGGGCUAGUAGAGCAUACACGUCAUGGGUACGUUUCUACUCGGGCUACCCGCGCGAGGUACGGUCGUACCUGGAUGCAAAGCAACUGCACCUCGGCCACGCGGCCAAGGCCUUCGCUCUUAGAGACACUCCGGCGGCUUUAGUAAAACGAGCUAAAGGCCACCCCGGCCUGAAGCAGGAACGACCUAGUAAUAGACUUACUGUACACGAGGAGGAGGAAAAGAAGAGGCCAGGGUUCCCGAAAGUGAAAAUGGGUGCACCAGGUAGAAUAGUGAACAAACAAAGCUCCAUGCACACAGCCAGCGAGUUUGACAGCGGUUUACCGCCCGUCGAACACGCAAAGAAGAAGAAAAAGAAGAUUAAAUAACAAAACACGAUUGUAAAUUAUGU